AUGUUUGCAGCUGUCUCGGGCCAAGUUUCAUGUAGUACUGGACCUUGGUAUCCUUCUCCCUUGGACAUUUCGAAGUAUUUUAAUGUUACAACGAACUCAACUUGCGGUGACCCGCCAGAGCCAUACUGCGUUAACUUGGGUUGCAGUAAAAUUUGCGAUGCGAACGAUCCAAAUCUUGAACAUCCUGCCAGUUUUGUAAACGACGAUUUUAGAGACAAUACAUUCUGGAAGUCAAAAAAUUUAAAGUUUCCUGUUCUCCCACAACUAGGGGUUAAAGGAACUUUCAUGCUUUAUCAGUCUGUGGCGACUUUUUUUCACGAGUUACCGGCUGCAAUGUACCUUUUGAAGUCAAAUGACUCUGGAAGAACAUGGAAUCCUCUAACAUACUUUGCAACGAACUGUACAAAGUAUUUUAAUCUACCAGAAACGCUAGAAAAGGAUAGAGCGGGUUUGAAAGUGCAAUGUUUCAAAAUAGACACUGCUACAAAUCUCAAUAAGCAGCUCUCUUAUACUCCAAUGAAGGAUGCAUCUGUUGCAAAAAACCUUCUCACUGAUACAGAGAAACAGUCCUUCUUUCUUAUGACUGAUAUAAGAAUGGCUCUAGUGAAGUUUAUAAUUCCUGGUGACGUUGACCCAGAAUCGUUACCAAAUAGUCUCAAGAGAAGCUACUUUUUCACUGUGUCAGAUUGGGUUGUAUUAGCAUCCUGCUUCUGCAAUGGCCAGACAUCCCAGUGUGAUUCAGGUAACUUUUCCAACUGCAUAUGUGAAAGGAAUACUGAUGGUCCAAACUGUGAAAAGUGUUUACCACUCUAUAAUAACAAAUCUUACCAAAUACGAGAAGCCUGUGAAGGUGAGCAUGUGAAUGUAACAGUCAUGCUGACAGCUGCUCAUACAAUGAAACCAAAGGAUAUGGAGUUUGUAAUGAUUGCAAACACAAAACAACAGGGGAUAAGAGUGAGCUCUGCAUGGAGACCUUCUACAGAAACUCAGCUGUUUCACAGAAUGCCUCCAAUACUUGUUUGA